CCUGAGGCCACUGAGAUCUGCUUCCUGUGUUGACCAUGCCGGGGUGGAGCUGUCUGGUGACAGGAGCAGGAGGGUUUCUGGGCCAGAGGAUCAUCCGCUUGUUGGCUCAGGAGAAAGAGCUGCAGGAGAUCAGGGCCUUGUUCAGGUCCUUCACUCCAAAACACAGGGAGGAAUUAUCCAAGCUGCAGACAAAAGCCAAGGUCACAGUGCUGAAGGGAGACAUUCUGGAUGCCCAGUGCCUGAGGAGAGCCUGCCAGGGCGUCUCUGUUGUCAUCCACACCGCUGCCAGCCUUGACAUCUUGGGUGCCAUUCCCAGACAGACCGUCCUGGAUAUCAACCUGAAAGGUACUCAGCUCCUGUUGGAUGCUUGUGUGGAAGCCAGUGUCCCGGUCUUCAUCUACAGCAGCUCAGUGUCUGUGGCUGGACCAAACUCCUACAAGGAGGUCAUCCAGAAUGGCUGCGAGGAAGACCAUCAUGAAAGCAGAUGGUCUAAUCCCUACCCAUACAGCAAAAAGAUGGCUGAGAAAGCAGUGCUGGCAGCCAAUGGGAGCAGCCUGAAAGAUGGUGGCACUUUGCGUACUUGUGCCUUAAGAAUCCCACUCAUCUAUGGGGAAGGGAGCCAAUACACCUCAUAUGCAGUGAAUAGAGCACUCAAGAACAAUGGCAUUCUUGACAGUUUUGGCAAAUUCUCUGUGAUCAGCCCAGUGUUUGUGACUAAUGCAGCCUGGGCACACAUUCUGGCAGCCAGGGGCCUACGAGACCCCAAGAAGUCACCAAAUAUCCAAGGUCAGUUCUACUACAUCUCAGAUGACACCCCUCACCAAAGCUUUGUUGAUUUACAUUAUGUCCUGAGCAAGGACUGGGGCCUCCGCCUUGAUUCCAGUUGGAGCCUUCCUCUGCCCAUGCUCUACUGGCUUGCCUUCCUAUUGGAAACUGUGAGUUUCCUGCUGCGUCCAAUCUACAACUACCAGCCUCCUUUUAACCGCUUUUUGGUCACAGUAACAAAUAGUGUGUUCACCUUCUCCUACAAGAAAGCUCAGCGAGAUCUGGGCUAUGAGCCACCUGUCAGCUGGGAGGAAGCCAGGCAGAAAACUUCUCAGUGGAUUGGGUCACUAGUGGAGCAACACAAGGGAAAACUGAACACAAAGACUCAGUGAUGUGAUCAUGGCAGGGACUCCAGAAGAGUCUAAGAUACAACCCAACUCUUACACUUCCCUUUGACACACUGGCCAACUUGUCUUCAGGUCACCGAGGCCUUGCCAGGCACUGACCCAGUCCCAAACUUUUGCCCUUAGCACUUGCCCAGAGACACACAGGCUGUGCCUCAGCUGCUAUGAAUAAAGGCUCAGUUUCUAGUGGUGAACUGCCCAGAGCCUCCUGUAACUUAGAAAUUCAUCAGUAUUUCCAUUUCUCCUCUCACAGUUCCAAAGCAUUGCUUGUCUGAGAAAAUUCCCAUUGCUUCAUGAAGCUCAAAGAAAGAACAAUAAAAAGGUUUCAUGUCUAGUCCAGAGAAGGUUGGUCUGGGGAGUCUUGAUUCCAGCUUUCCUUUCUAUAGCCAAUUAAGGCCAUAGUGAGAACAGAAACAGAAUGUCACUCUCACAGAGGUGGGCCCUAGCAUGGACUAGAUGACUGACCUGGAUUGCCUCAGUUAAGCAUCACCAGGUCACAGACAGUAUCUUGCUCAUGGUCUUAGGAAAUUCAAACCCACUUCCUCCCACUGAAUGGUGGAGCUCACACUGGUUGUCAGUGGGUACAGCACAGCCCUUGAACAUAAUCUGUUCUUCCAGGGCAGAGUCUUGCCUCCCUUGGUCUCCGUCCUUCUUACCCUUCCUACCAACUAUACAUGGGGCUCUCUAGAACCAGGACAAGCCUUGAGAGCUACCCAGGAGACUGUGAGCACGGUGACAAAUGGCCCUGGGCAUCAUAGAUGAUCUGAGAGUCUCCUUGUAAUGAAUUCCCCCAAAUGUACCUCCUCCUGAGUCUAUGAUGUGAAAGUCUGCUAUCCCUACCUCUAAAUGUAGCUGCCUCUCCGUCUCUUUUCCUCCAUUUCCCAAUCUCUUAAAGCUAUAUCUGCUGUGGGAUGUUCUGUGUGUCAAAUGUGUUGCUCUGAUUGGUUAAUAAAUAAAACAUGCUGCCAGCCACCGCCAUGACAAGCAACAUGCAAAAGAUACCCAUAAGCCACAAGCCAUGUGGCAACUUAUAGAUUAAUAGAAGUGGGUUAAUUUAAGAUAUAAGAACUAGAUAACAAGAAGCCUGCUGUGGCCAUACAGUAUAUAAGCAAUAUAAGUUUCUGUGUGUUUACUCGGUUGGGUCUGAGUGGCUGUGGGACUGGCGGGUGAGAGAGAUUUGUCCUGACCAUGGGCCAUGCAGGACUGGAGAACUCUACCUACAAAUGGCACCCAACGGGUUGGCAAGAGUUUCCACUUAAAACCUGAGAAAAAAAAAGAUUCUAAAAUGGAGCAAAAAAACAGCUUCCUACUUGUCUC